CCGUAUGACGCAACAAUACCAUCCCGGAACAGAACUGUUAUGUUCAUACACAACCGUACAUGACAACCUAAUCUCCAUCCCGCCAUGAACACACUCUCUUCUUCAUCCGUUAUUCUCUCCCCAUUUUCCCUUCUAAACCCUACACUAGAAAUUUCUCGCUGCGCUUUUCAUCGUUACUUCAGAUUCACGAUUCACUCCCAAAACACCUGUUUCCAUAGUUCAUUUCAAAAUCGCAAGCAAAAAACUUAUCAAUUUCGAAGUAAUUACAAGUUCCCGAAGUCAGAUUUUUCAGUAGGGGAGUCUCAGGCGUCGGAGGAUACCGAUGAGGAUGACGAAGAUGAUGAGGAAGCAGCGGAGGAGUACGAUGUGGUUGCCGAAUUUGGUCAGGAAAUUGGAAGUGAGGUCGAUAGUGACGAGAAUAAUGUUUUGGAAGUUGAUGUUAACAAGUCUCAGUUUGAGGAAUUCAAAUGGCAAAGAAUUGAGAGGAUUCGUAAUGACGUGAGGGAGUAUGGUGAUGGAAUCAUUGAUGUUGAUGAACUUGCUUCCGUUUACAACUUCCGAAUUGACAAAUUUCAGCGGUUAGCAAUUCAAGCUUUUUCUGAGAGGUUCUUCGGUUGUAGUUUCUGCACCCACAAGUGCAGGCAAAACAUUGAUUGCUGAAGCUGCAGCUGUUGCUACGGUAGCUAGAGGAAGAAGAUUAUUCUAUACUACUCCUCUCAAGGCACUGUCUAAUCAGAAAUUCCGCGAGUUUUGUGAUGCAUUUGGUGAAGACAAUGUUGGUCUUCUGACCGGAGAUUCUGCCAUCAACAGGGAUGCUCAGGUUCUAAUUAUGACCACUGAGAUCCUCCGAAACAUGUUAUAUCAGAGUGUUGGAAUUAUGUCAUCAGAAAGUGGACUUUUUCAUGUUGAUGUGAUUGUCUUAGAUGAAGUACAUUAUCUAAGUGACAUAUCUCGGGGUACAGUCUGGGAAGAGAUAGUCAUUUAUUGCCCAAAAGAAGUUCAACUUAUAUGCUUAUCAGCAACAGUAGCAAAUCCAGAUGAAUUAUGUGGUUGGAUCAAUCAGAUUCAUGGAAAAACAGAGCUUGUAACUUCAACAAAACGUCCAGUUCCUUUGACAUGGCAUUUCUCUACCAGAACAGCUUUGCUUCCUCUUCUCAAUGAGACAGGAACCAGCAUGAAUAGGAAACUAUCAGCCAACUACCUGCAACUUAAUUCCAUGGGAGCCAAGUCAUAUGAGGACGAAAGACCAAGAAGAAGGAACUCAAGAAAACUUGAGUCAGAUGUAUCAUCUUCUUCAAAGAAUGACAGAAGCAACCUUCGUCGUUCACAAGUUCCCCAAGUUAUAGAUACAGUAUGGCACCUUAAAACAAGGGACAUGCUGCCUGCAGUUUGGUUUAUCUUUAGCAGAAAAGGCUGUGAUGUAGCAGUUCAAUAUCUUGAAGACUGCAAGCUUUUAGACGAAUGUGAAAUGGCAGAAGUUGACCUAGCUUUAAAAAGAUUCAGAAUCAAAUACCCUGAUGCAGUCAGGGAAUCAUCUGUAAAAGGGAUACUUCGUGGGGUUGCUGCUCACCAUGCUGGUUGUUUACCUCUUUGGAAAUCUUUCAUAGAAGAGUUAUUCCAAAAAGGACUUGUAAAAGUCGUUUUUGCCACUGAAACACUUGCAGCUGGAAUCAACAUGCCUGCAAGAACAGCUGUGAUUUCAUCACUCAGCAAGAGGGGCGAAACUGGACGCAUUAAUUUAACCACCAAUGAGAUUCUUCAAAUGGCUGGACGUGCUGGAAGAAGAGGCAUAGAUAAAAGGGGACAUGCUGUUGUUGUUCAAACUCCAUAUGAAGGUGCUGAAGAAUGCUGCAAACUUCUCUUUGCUGGAUUACAACCACUCGUAUCACAGUUUACAGCUUCAUAUGGAAUGGUUCUCAAUCUUCUUGCUGGUGCAAAAGUUACUCAAAGAGUAAGUGAAACAGAUGGAAUGGAAGUUCAUCGAGCUGGACGUACACUAGAAGAAGCAAGAAAAUUGGUGGAACAAAGUUUUGGAAAUUAUGUAGGGAGUAAUGUUAUGGUUGCUGCACAACAAGAGCUUGAUCAAAUACAAAAAGAGAUUCAGCUUUUGACUUCUGAAAUCAGUGAUGAAGCUAUUGACAGGAAAAGCAAGAAUAUUUUAUCAAAAUCAGCUUACAAAGAAAUGGCAGAUUUGCAGGAAGAACUCAGAGCAGAAAAGCGUGUUAGAACAGAGCUACGUAGAAAAAUGGAAAUGGAAAGAAUGUCUUCCUUGAGACCAUUUCUGCAAAAGUUGGAAGAUGGACAUCUACCCUUUUUAUGCUUACAGUAUCAUGAUAAUGCUGGAGUCAAACAUUUAGUCCCUGCUGUUUAUUUGGGUGAUGUUGACUCCAUGAAAGGUUCAAAACUCAAGAACAUGGUUGUUGAGAAUAAUUCCUUUGCUUUAAAAGUAACAACAGAAGGCGAUUUGGAAACCAAUACAAAACCAUCUUACUAUGUGGCACUUGGCUCAGAUAACACAUGGUAUCUUUUCACUGAGAGGUGUAUCAAAACAGUAUAUAGAACAGGGUUUCCCAAUUUACCCUUGAAAAAUGGCGAUGCUUUACCUCGAGAAAUUAUGACUGCUUUUCUUGAAAAUGGUGAGAUGCAGUGGCAGAAGCUGAGUCAAUCUGAACUUGGAGGUAUAUGGUGCAUGGAUGGAUCACUUGAGACAUGGUCAUGGAGUUUAAAUGUUCCAGUUUUAAGUAGUCUUUCAGAGGACAAUGAGGUUGUUGUGCAAUAUUCACAAGCAUACUAUGAAGCAGUAGAAUCUUACAAGAAUCAAAGGAAUAAAGUUUCUCAUUUAAAGAAAAAGAUAGCAAGGACAGAAGGGUUUAGAGAAUAUAAAAAAAUAGUUGAUGUUGCUAAGUUCACUGAAGAAAAGAUCAGACGCCUAAAAGCAAGGUCAACUCGUUUGUUGACUCGUAUAGAACAGAUCGAACCAUCUGGAUGGAAGGAGUUUCUUCAGGUGAGCAGUGUGAUACAUGAAAUAAGAGCUUUAGAUAUCAACACACAUAUGAUAUUUCCUCUUGGUGAAACUGCUGCUGCUCUUAGAGGAGAAAAUGAACUCUGGAUUGCAAUGGUUCUUAGAAAUAAGAUAUUACUGGAUCUUAAACCUGCACAGCUGGCAGCUGUUUGUGGAAGCAUUGUUUCUGAAGGAAUCAAAGUUAGACCUUCCAAAAAUAACAGUUAUAUAUAUGAGCCCUCAAGCACUGUUUUGGAAGUGAUAAACUUUCUUGAUGAGCAAAGAAGAUCGCUGUUACAACUUCAAGAAAAGCACGAUGUCAAGAUAUCAUGCUGUCUGGAUAGCCAGUUUUCUGGGAUGGUUGAAGCCUGGGCUUCUGGUUUGACUUGGAGGGAAAUAAUGAUGGAUUGUGCUAUGGAUGAAGGCGAUCUAGCUCGCUUGUUACGCAGAACAAUGGAUGUUUUAGCUCAGAUUCCUAAAUUGCCUGAUAUUGACCCUCAACUACAAAGAAAUGCGACAGCUGCAUCCAAUGUCAUGGAUCGACCACCAAUAAGUGAACUUGCUGGAUGAAAUUUAUAGGUGCAUGCAUGUUCAACACAAUUCAGGAGUCACCAGAUUAAUUAUUACAGUUUACGUGACACAUUUGAAUAUAAUUUACAACUGGAAUGGGUGGUUGAUGGAUAAAAGCAAAUACUUGAAUGAAAUCCUUCGUGUUGGUUGCACAAAGGAGAAGACUGAGUGAUAGAAAUAUGAACUCAGCCCUGAAGGCAUAAAAAGAGGCAGCUGAUUCAUUCAGCAUCUUUAAUUGCUAUAAUUAUAAACUUAUUGUGGCCCAUAAUCCAUUCAUUAUGAAAUCUAUAUAAAAUUGAAUUUCUUGUAAGCAUUUGUAAACUACUAACCAGUUUUAGCAUGUAAAUAAUGACUUAAAUGAAAAAAAAAAAA